UGGUUGACCGUUGAUUGAGUCCAGUAUCGUGGCGGCCAUGGCUACCUCUGCGGCUCUGAAGCGGCUGGAUCUGCGCGACUCUGCAGCGCUUUUCGAGACUCAUGGGGCUGAGGAAAUCCGCAGGCUAGAGCGCCAGGUUCGGGCCGAGAUCGAGCACAAGAAGGAGGAGCUGCGGCAGAUGGUGGGCGAGCGGUACCGCGACCUGAUCGAGGCGGCCGACACCAUCGGCCAGAUGCGCCGCUGCGCCGAGGGGCUGGUGGACGCGGUGAAAGCCACCGACCAGUACUGCGGCCGCCUCCGCCAGGCCGGCUCGGCCGCCUCCCGGCCCCCGCGGGCCCCGCAGCAACCGCCAGCGUCCCAGGAGAAGUUUUACAGCAUGGCUGCCCAGAUCAAGCUGCUAUUGGAAAUUCCUGAGAAGAUCUGGAGCUCCAUGGAAGCCUCUCAGUAUCUCCAUGCCACACAGCUCUACCUGCUCUGCUGCCACCUCCACAGCCUACUCCAGCUGGAUGCAUCCAGUUCACAGUACAGUCCAGUCCUCUCCCGAUUUCCUAUACUCAUCCGGCAGGUGACAGCAGCCAGCCACUUCCGGUCAACAAUUCUGCGUGAAAGCAAGAUGCUGCUCAAAUGUCAAGCUGUGUCUGACCAAGCUGUGGCAGGGGCCCUCUGCUCUAUAAUGCUCCUAGAAGAGAGUUCUCCUCGCCAAGCCCUCACAGAUUUCUUGAUGGCCAGAAAGGCAGCUAUUCAGACACUUCUCAGCCAGCCGAACCACGGUUCUGGCAUCAAGGCCCAGUUUUGCUCAUUAGUGGAAUUGGUGGCCACCACGUUAAACCAAGCACAUGCCCUUUUCUACACUUUACCAGAAGGGCUGCUGCCAGAUCCAUGCCUGCCAUGUGGGCUGCUCUUCUCUACUCUGGAGACCAUCACAGGCCAGCAUCCCACCGGGAAAGGCAUUAGUAUCCUGCAAGGGGAGAUGAAGCUGGGCAGCUGGCUCAGACACCUGCCAUCAUCUGUCGUCGAGUUCCAGCCAGUGCUCCGAACCCUGGCACAUCCCAUCAGCCAGGAAUACCUGAGAGACACGCUGCAGAAGUGGAUCACUAUGUGUACUGAAGAUAUUAAGAACGGGAUCACUAACCUGCUUCUGUAUGUGAAGAGCAUGAAAGGUCUCGCUGGGAUCCGGGAUGCCAUAUGGCAGUUACUUACAAGUGAGCCCGCCAGACAAAGCUGGGAGGUGGUGUGCAGGCGGCUUCUGGAGAAGCCACUCCUGUUCUGGGAGGACAUGAUGCAGCAGCUGUUCCUCGACCGCCUACAGACUCUGACAAAGGAAGGCUUUGAGUCCAUCUCCAGUAGCUCCAAAGAGCUGCUGCUCUCAGCUCUGCAGGAACUUGAGAGCAGCUCCGGCAGUUCUACACCAAACAAGCACAUUCUCUUUGAGCAAAACAUGUCUCUCUUCCUCUGGCAUGAGAGUCCCACUGACCUGCCUUCUGAUGCCGCCUGGGUCAGUGUGGCAAACCGACCCCAGUUAGCCAGUACUGGCCUCUCCAUGAAAGCCCAGGCUAUUAGUCCUCAUGUCCAGAAUUUCUGUACUGCCUUGGAUUCCAAGCUAAAGGUUAAACUGGAUGACCUCCUGACUUACCUUCCCUCUGAUGACUCGGCCCUGCCCAAGGAUACUGCCCCUAUGCUGCAGGCCAAGAACUCUGCCUUUGACCGAUAUGCAGAUGCUGAGACUGUGCAAGCCAUGCUGCGGACUCACUCUAUGGAGUGUGUCAAAUACAUCAUGGGUUGCAUCCAGGCGGAGCUGCAGAGCAUCGAAGUUGUUGUACAGGCCCAGGAGGAUGUCCUCCACAGCACCAAGCUGCACACGGUCCUCUUCAUGGCCAGACUCUGCCAGUCCCUAGGCGAACUGUGCCCCCACCUGAAGCUGUGCAUUGUGGGAAGGUCUAGAAGUGCUGAGAAACCAGAAAGGGAGACAAGGGCUCCGAAAAAGCAGGCGAAGGGGAAAGCUCAGGAUCUCAUUCCCGGACAGGCCCAGUGGCAGGAGGUGAAAGAAUUACUUCUCCAGCACAGUGUGAUGGGCUACCAGGUCUGGAGCUCAGCAGUUGUGAAAGUUCUGGUCCAUAGGUUUACCCAGUCAUUACUUUUAGAUGACGCUGGCUCCAUCCUAGCCACAGCCACAAACUGGGAGGAACUGGAAAUCCAGGAGGAGACUGAGUCUGGCAGCAGCAUCACAUCCAAGAUCCGACUCCCUUCACAGCCAUCCUGGUAUGUACAGUCCUUCCUGUUUAGCUUAUGCCAGGAAAUGAAUCGGGUUGGAGGCCACACCCUGCCAAAAGUGACACUCCAGGAGAUGCUGAAAAACUGCAUGGUUCAAGUAAUCACUGCCUAUGAGAAACUUUCAGAAGGAAAGCAAAAGAAGGAAGGCGCAUUUCCACUGACACAGAAUUGGGCGCUGCAGCUCCUCUAUGACCUGCGCUACCUCCGCAUUGUCCUCAGUAGCAAGCAAGAGAUGAAGAGUGGUCAUGGCAAGCUGGACUGCAGAACUGAGAAAGUGACUGAGCAGUUGGAAGCUCUCAUCGACCCCUUUGACCUGGAUGUGUUCACACCGUACCUCAACAGCAACCUCCAUCUUCUGGUGCAGCGCACUUCCGUCCUAUUUGGAUUGGUUACUGGUACAGAGAACCAGUUCACCCCUCGGAGCAGUUCAUUGAACUCCCAGGAAGCCCACAACAUACUGCCAUUGGCCUCGAGUCAGAUCAGGUUUGGCCUGCUUCCACUGAGCAUGACGAGCACACGGAAGGCUAAGUCAAGCACCACAGGCGUCAAAACAAAAGCCCAGGUUGGCCCCUCAGCGCUCUCCAGAGCAGGUGACCCCACGCAGCCUGGCUCCCUCUUCAGACAGCUCACCAGUGAGGAAGAUGAAACAUCUGCAUCUUCAUUAUUCAAGCUCAGCUGGCUCUCAAGUAUGACAAAAUAACACAGGAGCAUGCCCAUCUCUCUAAAUAAAUACUACUGGACAAAACAUCUGCAUCUUCAUUAUUCAAACUCAGCUGGCUCUCAAGUAUGACAAAAUAACACAGGAGCAUGUCCAGCUCUCUAAAUAAAUAAAUACUAGUAGACUGUUUCCCUGGAA